CGGAAGGACUCCGGGGCUGGAGUCUACCCUUUAGGAGUGGAGAGAAAGGGAGCGGAAAAAGAACUCUAUAGACUUCUCCUGAGAGCAAAGCUCUGCGCCCGCAUAGCGCGGCGGUGACGACAUUCCUUCGCGCCCGAAGCCGAGCGUUGUCAGCGCGGGGAGGCGGGCGCCUGCGCAGUGGCUCCGAGCGGGCGGUUGCUUGUUGGUUGUUGUAGUAACGGGGGAAGCAGCGGUCGGCGGCGGCCGUGAGCCCGGCUGGGGAAGGAGGAGGGUGGUAGGCGCAGAGCGCGGUCCCCGCCGGCCCUCCCGGAGCCAUGGGAAGAUGAGACAGGAAUCAGUGCCACCUAAAUUGUUUGAUCCGGUGAAUCUGCAAGAAAAGGUCUCUGAGGCCCCCAUCUGCUGACUGCAUGACAAACCCUAAAGGAAAUGCCAAUCGUGAUGGCCCGGGACCUGGAGGAAACAGCAUCAUCCUCAGAGGAUGAGGAGGUGGUAAGCCAAGAGGAUCAUCCGUGUAUCAUGUGGACCGGAGGCUGCAGGAGAAUUCCAGUUUUGGUGUUCCACGCUGAGGCUAUUCUGACAAAGGACAACAAUAUUCGAGUAAUUGGAGAACGUUAUCAUUUGUCUUACAAAAUUGUGCGAACAGAUAGUCGCCUGGUACGCAGCAUUCUGACAGCCCAUGGAUUUCAUGAAGUUCACCCAAGCAGCACUGACUAUAACCUAAUGUGGACGGGAUCUCACCUGAAGCCCUUCUUACUUCGCACACUCUCUGAAGCACAAAAGGUUAAUCACUUUCCCAGGUCCUAUGAACUAACCCGGAAAGACCGACUCUACAAAAACAUCAUCCGAAUGCAGCACACACACGGAUUCAAGGCUUUUCACAUCCUCCCUCAGACCUUCCUUCUGCCAGCCGAGUAUGCGGAAUUCUGUAAUUCAUAUUCAAAGGACCGGGGACCUUGGAUAGUAAAACCAGUGGCCUCUUCUAGGGGGCGGGGCGUCUACCUGAUCAACAAUCCGAACCAGAUUUCCCUGGAGGAGAACAUCCUGGUCUCCCGUUACAUUAACAACCCCCUGCUCAUAGACGAUUUCAAGUUUGACGUGCGCCUCUACGUGCUUGUGACUUCCUAUGAUCCUCUUGUCAUCUAUCUCUAUGAAGAGGGAUUGGCUAGGUUUGCAACUGUGAGAUAUGAUCAAGGAGCCAAGAACAUUCGGAACCAGUUCAUGCACCUGACAAACUACAGUGUGAAUAAGAAGAGUGGAGACUAUGUCAGCUGUGAUGAUCCAGAGGUGGAGGAUUAUGGGAACAAAUGGAGCAUGAGUGCCAUGCUUAGGUAUCUGAAACAGGAAGGCAGAGAUACAACUGCGUUGAUGGCCCAUGUGGAAGACCUGAUUAUUAAGACUAUCAUCUCUGCUGAACUAGCUAUUGCUACAGCCUGUAAAACCUUUGUUCCUCACCGCAGCAGUUGUUUUGAACUCUAUGGCUUUGAUGUGCUCAUAGAUUCUACUCUGAAGCCAUGGUUGCUGGAAGUAAAUCUCUCCCCUUCUUUGGCCUGCGAUGCACCUCUGGACCUAAAGAUUAAAGCCAGUAUGAUUUCAGAUAUGUUCACUGUUGUAGGAUUUGUGUGCCAGGAUCCUGCCCAGAGGGCAUCAACCCGGCCAAUUUAUCCCACCUUUGAGUCUUCCAGGCGAAACCCUUUCCAGAAACCUCAGCGUCCAGUGUCUGCACAGUGUCAGUCCUCAGAUGCCGAACUGCGUUCCCGUCCACUGUCUGCCAGUGAUGCGGAAAUGAAAAACCUUGUGGGCUCAGCCCGAGAGAAGGUGCCGGGGAAGUUAGGUGGUUCUGUGCUUGGUCUGUCAAUGGAGGAGAUCAAAGUUUUACGGAGAGUGAAGGAAGAAAAUGAUCGGAGAGGUGGAUUUAUUCGCAUAUUCCCUACUUCGGAGACAUGGGAAAUAUAUGGGUCCUACCUGGAACACAAGACCUCCAUGAACUAUAUGCUGGCAACGCGUCUCUUCCAGGACAGGGGAAACCCAAGAAGAAGCUUAUUGACAGGAAGAACACGACUAGCUGCUGACGGAACCCCGGAACUGAAGGUAGAGAGUAUGAAUUCAAAGGCCAAACUGCACGCUGCCCUCUAUGAGCGGAAGCUCCUGUCUUUGGAGGUGCGAAAACGUCGGCGACGCAGCGGCAGAUUGAGGGCCGUGAGGCCAAGAUACCCAGUGAUCACUCAGCCGGCCGAAAUGAAUGUUAAAACCGAGACAGAGAGUGACGAGGAGGAAGAAGUCGCGUUAGACAAUGAAGACGAAGAGCAGGAGGCUUCCCAGGAGGAAUCCGCAGGGUCCCUUGGAGAAAAUCAAGCCAAAUACACCCCCUCAUUGACUGUUAUGGUAGAAAAUCCGCCCAAAGAAAAUGCCAUGAAAGUUUCUGAAUGGAAUAAUAAAGGUGAACAAUGCUGCAAAAUGGAGACUCAGGAGCCAGAGCCUAAAUUUAACCUGAUGCAGGUUCUACAAGAUAAUGGCAAUCUUAGCAAAGUGCAGGCCCGGAUAGCAUUCUCUGCCUAUCUCCAGCAUGUUCAAAUUCGCCUGAUGAAAGACAGUGGAGGUCAAACGUUCAGUGCCAGUUGGGCCGCCAAAGAGGAUGAACAGAUGGAGCUAGUGGUUCGCUUCCUUAAACGAGCAUCCAGUAACCUCCAGCACUCACUGAGGAUGGUACUACCCAGUCGACGUUUGGCACUUCUGGAACGCAGAAGAAUCUUGGCACACCAACUGGGUGAUUUUAUUAUUGUGUACAACAAGGAAACAGAACAGAUGGCUGAAAAGAAAUCGAAGAAGAAACUUGAAGAAGAAGAGGAAGAUGGGGUGAAUACAGAAAACUUCCAGGAGUUCAUCAGACAAGCAAGUGAGGCUGAGCUGGAGGAGGUGUUGACUUUUUAUACCCAAAAAAACAAGUCUGCAAGCGUCUUCCUGGGGACCCACUCAAAAAGUUCUAAAAACAGCAACAGUUAUUCUGAUAGUGGGGCAAAGGGUGAUCACCCUGAGACGACGGAGGAAGUGAAAAUAAAGCAGCCCAAACAGCAGCAGGCAACAGAAAUUCACUCCGACAAAUUAUCUCGAUUUACUACUUCAGCAGAAAAAGAGGCUAAAUUAGUCUAUACAAAUUCUUCCUCUGCUUCUUUCUCUGGUCCUGCUGCUACUCUUCUGCAGAAAAUUCCCAAUACCCACUUGUCAUCUAUUAUUACAACCUCUGACCUGUCAGCAGGGCCUGGCCACCAUUCUUCUUUAUCUCAGAUUCCUCCAGCUAUCCCCAGCAUGUCUCACCAGUCAACAAUUUUACUGAGCUCAGUCCCUGACAGUGCCUCUCCCUCCAUACAUCCUGGGACACAGAACGCACCAAGCCCUGCUGGCCUGCCACGCUGUCGAUCAGGCAGUUACACCAUUGGCCCCUUUUCCUCUUUCCAAAGUGCUGCACACAUCUAUAGCCAGAAACUGUCUCGUCCCUCUUCAGCAAAGGCAGAUUUGCCUACUCUGGACAUUCUAUCAGGCUCAUGCCAUCCAAACAAGCCGCACUCGGGAAUGGCCAAAACACAAAGAGAGGGAGAAGAUGGGUCUCUGUACAGCAGACGGUAUAACCCAAGCAUGGUCACGGCCGAGCUGCAGCGGCUGGCUGAGAAGCAGGCAGCCCGCCAGUAUUCCCCGUCCACCCACAUCAGCCUCCUCACCCAGCAGGUAACAAACCUGAAUUUGGCAAGUGGCGUCAUAAACAGAAGCAGUGCUUCAACCCCCCCCACCCUUCGGCCUGUCAUCAGUCCUAGUGGCCCGACAUGGUCAAUACAGUCAGACCCCCAAGCUCCUGAGAGCCACUGCACUCCUCCUGGAAGCAGGAGCCUUCAAACAGGUGGCUUUGCAUGGGAGGGAGAGGUAGAAAACAGCGCGUAUAGCAAGGCUACAGGGGUGGUCCCGCAGCACAAGUACCACCCCACAGCGGGCAGCUACCAACUCCACUUUGCCCUGCAGCAGCUUGAACAACAGAAACUUCAGUCCCGGCAGCUUCUGGACCAGAGUCGAGCCCGGCACCAGGCCAUCUUUGGCAGUCACACACUCUCUAACUCCAAUUUAUGGACAAUAAAUACUGGUGCAGCUUACAGAAUUUCAAGUGCCACAGGUAGUGGCCAGAAGCCAACCCCUCUGCCCCAGAAAGUGGUGCCGCCUCCAAGUUCUUCCUCAUCGCUGACCCCCAAGCCCCCAGCCAAUCAUAAACAAGUCCUCAGAAAGACCACAUCCCAGAGGGCCUCCAAGGGCUCCUCCGCGGAAGGGCAGCUGAAUGGACUCCAGGGCAGCCUGAACGCUGCGGCCUUUGCACCCAUCACCAGCCCCACAGGUUUUGCUCACAGUACAGCUACUUCAGAAACUGAGAGAGGUUAUUAACGACCCCUGUUGCAUUUAAAGAAAUGCUUCUUGUGCUUCAGGUCUUUGCCUUGAUUCUCCAAAAAGAAUACAGCUGGAUCCUGGUAAUAAUGACUCAGAGAAUUUUAAACAGGACUUAAAACUAACAAUAAGUACAAAGCUAUAAAUACAAAUAAAGUAAUCAAGACAGUGUGGCAUAGGACAGAUCAAUGGACUGGCACUGAGAGUCCAGAAAUAAAUGCAUCUGUGUAUGGCCCGUUGCUUUUCCACAAAGGUGCCAAGAAGAGACAAUGAUCUUUUCAACUUAGGGUUGAAGAGAUUGGUGGUACUGGAACAAUUGGCUGUCCAUAUACAAAAGAAUGAAGUGUGAUUCCUUCCUCAUACCAUACACAGAAUUAACUCAAAAUUGAUAAAAGAUCCAAUGUAAGGGUUAAAACUAAAAUUCCUAGAAGAAACAUAGAAGUAAAUCUUCAUGUCCUUGGGUUAGGUAACAGUUUCUUAGAUAUGACAUCAAAAAGCACAAGCAACAAAAAUUAAACGGGUGUUAGACUUCAUCAAAAUUCAAAAAUCAUGACCUUCAAAAAGUGCCACCAAGGCAUCACAAUUCCAGACUUCAAGUUCUAUUUCAAAACUGUCAUCAUCAAAACAGUAUGGUACUGGCACAAAAACAGACACAUAUAUCAAUGGAACAGAGUAGAGAACCCAGAAAUGGACCUUCAACUCUAUGGCCAACCAAUCUUCAACAAAGCAGGGAAGAAUAUCCAAUGAACAAAAAACAGUCUCUUCAACACAUGGUGUCAGGAAAAUUGGACAGCCACAUGCAGAAGGAGACUGGACCAUUUUCUUACACCACACACAAAAAUAAAAUGGAUGAAAGACUUCAGUGUGAGACAGGAGUCCAUCAGAAUCCCAGAGGAGAACACAGAUAGCAACCUCUUUGACCUUGGCUGCAGUGAUUUCUUGCUAGACAUGCCUCCAAAGAUAAGGCAAACAAAGGUAAAAAUGAACUAUUGGGACUUGGUCAAAAUAAAAAGCUUUUGCACAGCAAAGGAAACAAUUGACAAAACCAGAAGACAACCAACAGAAUGGGAGAAGAUAACUUGCAAACGACAUAUUAGAUAAAGGGCUAGUAUCCAAAAUCUAUAAAGAACUUACCAAACCCAACACCCAAAGAACAAAUAAUCCAGUCAAUAAUGGGCAGAAGACAUGAACAGACAUCUCUCCUGUAUGACAAGAAGACAUUUGAAUGGCCAACAGACACACGAAAAAAUGUUCAGCAUCACUCGGCAUCAGGGAAAUACAAAUCAAAACCACAGUGAGAUACCACCUCACACCAGUCAGAAUGGCUAAAAUUAACAAGUCAGGAAACAGCAGAUGUUGGCAAGGAUGUGGAGAAAGGGGAACCCUUUUAUACUGUUGGUGAGAAUGCCAGCUGGUGCAGCCACUCCGGAAAAUGCUAUGGAUAUUCUUCAACAAGUUGAAAAUAGAGCUACCUUAUGACCCAGCAAUCGUGCUACUAGGGAUUUACCCCAAAGAUAAAAAUGUAGUGAUUCAAAAGGGCAUGUGCACCCCAAUGUUUAUAGCAGCAGUGUCCACAAGAGCCAAACUAUGGAAAGAGCCCAGAUGUCCACUGACAGAUGAAUGGAUAAAGAUCUGGUGUAUAUAUAUAUACACAAUGGAACACUACUCAGCCAUCAACAACAAAAAGAAAUCUUAGCAUUUGCAAUGACAUGGAUGGAGGGUGUUAUGCUAGGCGAAAAAGUCAGAGAAAGACAAUUAUCAUGUGAUUUCACUCAUAUGUGGAAUUUAAGAAACAAAACAGGAUCAUAGGGGAAGGGAGGGAAAAAUAAAACAAGACCAAAUCAGAGAAGGAAACAAACCAUAAGAGACUCUUAAUCAUAGGAAACAAACUGAGGGUUGCUGGAGCGGAAGGGGGGAUGGAGUAACUGGGUGAUGGGCAUAAAGAGGGCACUUGACAUAAUGAGCACUCAGUGUCCUAAGAGAUGAUGAAUCACCGAACUCUACCUCUGACACUGAGAAUACACCAUCUGUUAAUUAAUUGAAUUUAAAUAAAACAAAAUUUAAAAAAAUAAAUUUUAUAAAAAGGUGCCAUCAAGAAAAUGAAAGACAGCCUAUAGAACAAAAGAGAAUAUUUGCAAAUUAUGUAUCUGGCAAGGGACUUAACUACAGAAUAUAUACAUAUCUCAUACAGUUCAUAGAAAAAGAGAACCCUAUUUUAAAAAUGCACAAAGCAUUUGGACAUGCCUCCAAAGAAGAUAUACAAAUGGACCAUAAGCACCUGAAAAGCUGCAUCAUUAGGCAUCAGGGAAACUCAAAUAAGAACCCCAACGAAAUGCCACUUCACACCCACUAGAUGGCUGCAAUCAAGACAGAUAACCAAUAAGUGUCCUUGAGCAUACAGACAGUGGAACUCUCAUGCUUUGCUGGUGGGAAUGUAAGAUGGUGCGACAGCUUUGGCAGAAGAGUCGGGCAGUGUCUCAAACAGUAACAUAGAGUUACCCUAGGGCCCAGCAUUUGACUCCUAAAUGUGUGUCUAGGAGAAACGAAAACACUGUCUACCUGAAAACUGUACAUGGGGCACCUGGCUGGCUCCAUCAGUAGAGCGUGUGACUCUUGAUCUCAGGGUAAUGAGUUCAAGCCCCACAUUGGCUAUGGAGCCUACUUAAUAAAUAAAUAAAUAAAUAAAUAAAUAAACAAAACCUUCUCCCUCUCCCUCCCCUCCCCAGCCCCCGCUCUUGUCCCCAACUUGUGCUCUCUCUUGCGCUCUCUCAAAUAAAUAAUAAAAUCUUAAAAACUGCAUGUGAAUAUUCAUAGCAGCAUUCCUCAUUAGCCAGAACAGGGAAACAACGUGAACGUCUAUCAGAUAAUGAAUGGUUAAACACACUGUGGUAUAUCCAUUCAACAAAUACUGUUCAGCUGUCAAAAAGAAUGAAGUACUGAUACAGACUACACCAUGGAUGGACCUUGGAGAUGUAAAGCCACUACAUACUGAAUAAAUCUAUUCACGUGAAAUGUCCAGAAUAGGCAAAUCAUCUACAGGAAGUAGAUCAGUGGUUGCCUAGGGCUAGGUGAGGAGAAGGGCGUUUGGGGAGUGGCUGCCGAGAGGCACAGAGGUUUCCUUUUGGGGACAGUGACAAUGUUCUAAAGUUAGGUUGUGGUGAUAGAAGACCACUGAGCUAUACACUUGAAAUGGGUGAAUUUUAUUAGCAUGUGAAAUAGAUCUUAAAUCUUUAAAAAAGUGUAAUAGUAAAAAGUAAAAAGACAAAAAAAGCCUUCAGUGUAAGCAAGUUGUAUACUUCUCAGAGAGCCAGGUUUUUUAGUAAGUACUUAUUUAGUGCCUCUGGUUCAUGAAGUCAGCAAACAUUUGUCCCCUUUGUACAGGGUGUGCUGUAAGGUCAUGAGCAGGGAGAGGCCUGCGCGCCGCUCUGGCCCUGGUCUUUGACGUUCCCAAGUAAGGUGGUGUGCCUCGGGGACAGCAGCUGUGCCUGGGCCUGGCCUCUUUUGCUUUUUUCCCGUUUGGAAAGGUAUCAGGCUCCAGAGCAUUUUUGGGGCUUUAGUCAGCACAGAGCAAGGAGGACCUUAACUCUAGUCUGGGAGCCUUAAGCUUCCCCUCGUGCUCCAAAUCCAAAACAGAGCAGCUGAGAAUGGGGCUAGCCGUGCCGCCAAUUGCUUCUGUCCCAUUGUUAAUCCCCCUAAUUCUG